GUGUUCCCAUGCAGGGAGCUUGUUUCUCUUUCUGUGUUUUCAUGGAAGCCUCAAGCAUGUUUAUUUACAGCUGUAGACUUCAUUUUGUGUAAAUGUAAUAUCAGCCUAAUAAAGUUCUUGACAGAGAACAGUUUAGCCCAGUGUUUAUCCAGGAGAGAAAUGUGACAAAGUGAUGGUUAUCAUUACUGUCUAUAGGAAGGCUGUGGGUGAGUUUUGUCUUUUUGUUUCUUGUUUUGUGGGGAGGUGAGGGUUAGAGGGGUAGAUUUUAUACGAAAAACUCAGUUCUUUUGCCAUUCAUUUAAAAAAACGUAUUGGUAACACAGCAUUUUGCUCCUCCUGUGGUCUUUUGUUUUGAAAAAUUGUGUUUGAAUAUGUGAGCCAGACUGCUCAAAAUGCCUUAUAUCUUAUAACUGGGAUGUUUGUAUUGUUUGAUAUCAGUUAUUAGACAAAAUAAUCAUAAAGGGGUGUUUUCUAUGGACCUUUUUAUAUUCCAAAAUUAAGUACAGAUGGUAAUUUCCAGCAGUUUUAAAAAUUUGUCAAUUAUUUAAUUUAGCAUCACUUAAGCAUCUGCACAGGGAGAAAGCUGAGAUGGUACAGAAACUGAAUAAGCAUUGAUUGCUCGUCUGAAUUGCAUCUUUAAAGUUUUUGCCUCAAAUCUCUGAUUUCACAGUUUAUUUUUACCAAAUUAGAUUAUCAUAUUUCAUUAUCGAGACUGCGAAUGGGUGGAGCUCUCUCGGAUAUUCUGCAUUUCCCGUUAGAACAGUGCGUAAGGCGCCCGCUGAUUGUUACUCUGAGGGAAAUUCUUAUGCCUGCUCACCGAGGACUGCUUAAAUAAUGCAUGGGCCAGAGCGAGGCAAGAUGGAAUUUAUGGCCCAGACGCUGAGUUCAGGCUUUGUUCAGAGGAGGGACUACAUAAGUGUGAGCAUGCAGCACCCUCCGAGGGGAACGGCGUAACGGAAUGAAAUUAGUGACCACAUGGUGCUGUCCACAUGUUAUUUCAAAACAAGCCUGAAAACAGUCCAUGAGCCUAUAGAGUGGUUUGAGGGAGGGAAGAAGGGGAAACUUGAAGAGUCAAUUGCGAACAGAAUCCCCUGACCGAAGAUUCCAUGGGACAGACACAGGAAGUGACUGCUAUACAGGGAGCAGGGUGGCCCUAGAGAGAGUGGAUGUUUGACAGAUGAAAAGCACCCUGGGAGUCUUGUGAGGAAAGAAGAAACCUUGACCAAACUGCAGCAUGCUGUGUACUAUGUCUUCCAUCUUGUCCUAAUUAGAGGAAUAUGUCUGCUGAAUCCUAAUCUCUUUAAUUGUUGAUAGAGCAGGCAUGUGAUUUGCUAUAAAUACAUAUGAGCAUUCAUUUCUGAAAUAAUGGCUGUUGCCAAAUAUAUUAGACCGAUAGGAGUGCUGGACUAGGGAAGGCUGUGCUGAAUAGUGGAGUUUGGGAGGUAAUGGACCAGUGGAGAAUCAUUGCACAGCUGGCCCAGCAGCUGCACCCAGUGCUCCGUCAAGUUUGGCCUCUAAUUUCCUUGAACUUGUCUUGUUUGCCAAAAUGAUGAACGUGCAAGAACUUGUUUCAAAUGAGCCCACUGCAAGCGAAAAAGACCCUUUCCAAGGAGUCUUCAUCGAGGUGUGUAAUCAAUGGCAGCAGUGGCCAACUGAGGUAUUGAUUAAGCAGUGGGAAGUUUGAAUAAUCAUAUACAUAAAAACCAAAGGCAAAGUUGUAGAAUGAGGUAAGCUGGCAGAAGACCAGAGUACAUUAAAAGGCUGUGUUGGGUCAUCGCUGUCCUAAGUAAAGGAUAUAUGGAAAAAUCCCGUAAUAAUAUCCAGCAACAGCUAUCUUGUAGUUAGGAAAAAAUAAAUAGGACUGUGGGUUGGACGGCAGCCCAGUAAUCUCAGUGUCUUUUUUUCCUAACAGUGUAUUGUUCUGAUAUUCUUUGGGACUGGGUCAGGAGGAAGUGUCAGAGAGUGCAUUUUAUAUUAAGAAGCAUCCUAUGACUAAACAAUGCAAUUUGUGGCAAGCCAAAAUGAGAGGAUAGCAAGGACUCUCCUUCCAUUCCCUGGUCCUGGCUUGAGCAAGUAUUUAUUUAGCAUGUGCUGUGUAUCCAGCAUGUUCUAGAUACAUACUCCAAACAACCAAAUUAUAAAUUCUUUGAGAACAGAUAUUUGGAUUCAUACUUCUCUUGUAUAAAUCCCAUGUCUUGAAAACCAGUGGCCUUGAAAUGGUAAUAAUUGCAAGUCUGUCUAGUUCCUUGACUUUGAAGAGAUUAAAUAUCAAACUUUUGUUUUGCAAAUGCUUUAUUUUCCUGUUACGACAGAGAUGACACUUCCCUUUUCAGAUUUGAGGACUAGUGACUUGAACACUUACAAGUUAGAUAAUUUUGGACAAGAUAACCUCUGGGAGAGUCAGUUUCCUCAUUUGUGAAAUGCAGAAAGUGACACUCAUGCAGGAUUGUGAGAAUGAAGAGAUGUGCCUACAUGCAUAGGAAGUGCUUUCCUGCCCUCACAGGAUAUAAGCAGGGUCAUUUACCAUAGGGAUUGAGUGUGUGGUGGGGGUAGGAGUGGGGAGAGAAUGAGCAGGGGUGGCAAGAAGGCUGGCUAUGAGGGUGUAACAGAACCUUCGAUGAGAAUGUGACUGAGACAGGAUGGUGCCAGUGGGAACACGGAGAAAAGGAUGGAUCUGUAUAUGUUUUAAAGGGAAAAUUGACAGAAUGUGGCAACUGAUUAUAUUAAAGUAGGAUGAAGAAGAAGACGGAAGUUGUAAGGAAGAAAUAGUCAUGGUGCUAAGGGAAGAGAUUAUGGGUUUGUGAUAAUGGCAAGAUAUGGUGUAUGUGUGUGUAAGUGUGUGUGUUCUCCAAAGCCCCAAAAGCUAAAACAAUACAGUCCUUCAGGGACUAUAUUAGAAACAUAAGAAACUUGAGAAAGGAGGAAAUUGGAGUGCCUAGUUAACUUAUGUAACAGAAAAGGAAAAAAAUCAAUAAUAAACCAAUAAUAUAGGACUAUUGCUGACAAUAGAGUGAGAAUUCAAAGAAAUUGCUUAAAAUGGCAAAUCUAUGUUUGGAGUUUUUCCCAGACAAGACCCACAAUCAUCAGAUAAUAAGGCUCUUCUGCAAUCUUGGAACUUAUUUAAGUUUUCCUGAGUUAAAAAAAAAAUACCACCGAGAGGAUACAAAUAGCGUCAGGGUUGGGAAGAAAAAGAGCAUGGGGAAUGGAAAUUCUCAAAAUAGCUUGGUUUUAAAGAAGAGAUGGGAGCCAAAAGAUGGCUGGUUGACCUUUCAGAACGUAACCAUUCAUUAUGACUUGUCAGAAAGUUUGGCAACUGUUAUUCCUUAAAUAACAUAUUGUGAUUUUUCAGGAAAUACAAGCAGGACUCAAAACUAUGCCAAAUCCCCAACUGGCAAAUAGGUUGUGGUCCAAAAGCUCAUUUGCAAAUCCUUUAUCAGAACAAUGUUGCAAACAUCUUUAGGCUACUUUUCAGAAGUCUGCCUGACUCAUCCUAUCAUCCUAUAGUAGAAAUCAUGUACAUUUGCGAUAAAAAAUUAAUAUCAAAAAGCUUUUAGGUUAAUAAUUAAAACAUAAGCAAUACCAUAAGAAAGGAAAAUGUUUUGAAUGCCAGUGCUUGGGGAAAUACAGGUUAAUUGCAAGAUGGUAUGGGCUGUGGCUAUUUUAGAAUUUGUAUUCACUUUCACUGACUUUAAGAGACUUUGACUUCUUUAAUUUUAAAAUGUGAGGAUUUCCUUGUCCUCAUUUCAGGCGUAUCAUGAAUUCUACCUUUAAUAAUAUUUGCCAUGACCAAGGAUUGCUUUCACAAAUUGGAAAAGUAAAGAGAAUGAGGAUGAAAGAAAAAAGGGGGAGAAAGAGAUACCUGAUGUAGCUGGGGCAAAAGGUAAAAGAGAGAAGAGAAAGAGCAGGUUUAAAAAUGAGUGAGAAAUUGCAUGAGGGAAGUUAAGGGAGUUCUGAACAUUGGAAAGAGGGAUAUAUAAGAAUGUGUAUGUUUCUCUUGAAGAGUAAGAAAUAAGGGAGAAUUUGGGGCUUAAUAACUCCCUGGAUCAACCUCUAGGGGGUGCUUAACACUCAGAGAAGCUGUUUCUUGAGUAGGUGAUGCUGCUCAUGUGACUGGCAGACCUGAGGAGUCUCCAAGGAACCAUUGGUCCCCUUGAGUUUCCCCCUCUUAGCCCCCUCUUGCCUUCGCUUCUUUCCCAAUUCAAUGUGGAUACCAUGGCCUAUCAUUUCAACCACCUCUUACCAAUAUUUUCAGUCCUCCCAUUCAUCCACUCAGUAAAGAUGUAUUGAGUGAUUCCUACUAUUGAGUGAUUCCUACUAUUGUCAGGCAUUGUAGUAUUAGAUACUUAGAAAUGAACCUUCUAAGUACUGGAUACUUAGAGUGCCCUUGACACUUACCAGGCCAACCAGUUGUGUACUUUCUCUUGCUUCCAACCAUACUGCUGAGCACAGCUAGAGAAAAUCAGACCACUGUCCAGGUUGAUGCUGUGAUAAAUUUAUGACCACCAGUCUCAGUUGGGCCUGUCAGUAUAUAAGUCAGCAAUCCCUGUAUGUUUCCUUAAUACACUCCUGCCGUUCUCUCCAACACCUAUUUGAAGACUUUUCUCCAUUUGCAAAUCUAUUACCUGCAUAACCUGAAUAAAACCAAUUACGUUGAGGACAGUUCAAUAUGGUGAAAGUCAAAUCUGGCUCCAGAAAGCCUUGGAAGACAAUGGAGGCCCUCACUGAAAAUUUCUUGAGGAGUCAACCAAGACCAAGCGGGGAACUAAUCUGAGAACACAUAGCUAAAUUUCCUAAAAAUUGUUUUUACGUCUUUCUCCCCAUAGUCCAGUUCUUCAUUGCAGCUAGCAAUUUAUUCUCUUCCUUUGUCCUCCUCCCCUGCCCCCACACUAAUUCACUUCAUCUUCUUACUCCUAUCUUCUCUCAUUCCUUCGCAGGUAGAGCAAACUAGUCUAUCUUGGUGUCUGCCAUUUUCCUCCCGCCUCUUACCUCAGUCAGCACAAGUCAUAGAUACUUCAGCAAACAAAUUCUCCUUUUUCUGAGUGAGAGGAGGAAGGCAUUGCAAAUACUGGUGAUUUAAUAUAUAUAUAUAUAUUUUUUUUUUUAAUUGUCCAUCUGUAUUCACCCAUUCUACCUUUCCUCAGGUUAAAAUAAAAGAAGUUUUCCUCUUCUGAUUCCUCCACUUGUAUUCUGUACCUCAUCCGCCACCAUUUCCUUGGGAUGCUUACUAGAUGUACAAUUUCCUCUCUAUCUUGUAUUUUUCCCCUUUUCAUCUCUAGCGGAUCCUUCUCGUCAGAGUGUACGCUGGGUUCCAGCUACUCUGAACUUAAAAAAAAUAAGACAAAACAAAACCUUCGUCUUCCCCACAUACUCUUUUGUCUACUCUCCUAACUUUUCCUCCCCUUUUAUAGCCAAACUUCUUAAAGAGAUUGUCUGCAUGUGUUGGGUCCAUUUCCUCCCUUCCCAAAGCUCCUCAAUCCACUAUGACUUAAAUUCCGUCCCAGCCACUUCGAGGAAACCCGUCUAGCGAAAGCCGUCCACGUCUUACUUGUUCUGAAUGUGAAAGAGUCACAGUCCUCAGUCUCUCUGCAACACCUGACGUCGUAGAUCACCCUCUCUUUGAAAUAUAGCUUUCCUCUAGUUUCUUUGUGCUCUUCUAUUUCUUGGUCUCUGUGGGCUCAUCUUUCUCUACAUGCUAUUAAAAUGUAGGUGAUAUUCAGGGACACUGCUCUCUUUUGACUUUAGGAGGAAUAGGGAGAGGGUCCCAUCCGUGCCUGAGCCUUCCGUUAGUAUUUACAUGCUAUUGACUUCCAUUGUUAGGUCACCCCAGCCCUCACCUCAGGAGGCAAGACACAGAUUUCUGCUUGGAGAUCUCCUCCAAACUCAACUAGGAUUUGACCUCAGAAUGGGGCAGUCAUGUGGGGGCCUCUUCUCUGAUUCAGAAGAGCUGAAUUGCUCUUCUCUCCCAAAACAUCUCCCUUAAACACACCCACCACCACCAAUUCUGUUGUAUUGAUCUCCUUUGGGGCUGAAACACUAACUCUAAAGUCUUCUUAUAUUCUUUCCUACUCUCUUUAUAGUAUAAACUUCAUGGAAUUUAUCCUUCUAAUUAAACCAAAGUUUUGGAAUUCAAAAGCCUUUUCUGUCCCCAAACUGGUUAUUGAAAUAAAAAGUGAUUUGAUUUUCUGUGCCUUAGAUUAAAAAAAAAACUAUUUAGAUACUCAGUUGGCUUCUUAGUUUCCUUCAGGUUUUUUGUGUCCUUGGGGUAAUUCAGUGAUCCUGAGUCAAUGCAGGGGGCAGAGGGGCAGAAUGUCACAGGGGCAAUGAGAUACAUACUGUUUAAUGUUUUAACCUACACUGGAAAGUAAAAUGUAAAUGAGUUGGUUUUACUUGUGGUCCAAGGGAUCAUCCAAGAAAAAAGCCUCUUGAACCUAAACAUGAAGGUCUAAGAAAAUACCCCUUUGCUUAUCUCAGCAGAUUCCUCGUCAUCUGAAAUGUGCCAAUAUCAUUUUUCAACUGGAAAUGAUUGGGAGAUCCUAAUUUUUCAGUACUUCAUGAGUAAAAUAGAUUUAUGACUGAGGAUAUGGCUAUAUAUUAGGUCUUUAUAAUAAAUUGUGGUGAAAGAGAAAACUAAAUCUGUUGGCCUUGUCCAGUUUCAUCCUGAUGAAAUAGACACAAAUAUUCCAGGUCAAUCUAUGAAGGUAAAGGGGGUAACAUUUAAGAAAUUGUUUUGAACCUCUGAGCUUUUAACUACAUUUUGGAAAGGUUUCAUGUGACAUGAAGGGAGUCUAGUGAUUUGGGUCAGAAAAAUAAAUUUGUACAUUGCUUAUUUAACAUCUUUAAAGCCAUUUUUGUUGAAGAAUAUAGGACAUAUUUGAACUUCCAUGAGAAAAAGAAAAUAGAAUAUGUUUCCUAAAUUCAAAUUGUAUCAUACCUAAGUUAAUCCACAUUUUAACUGUUCAUCAAUGACAGAGAAACUGGAGACGGUGUGACAUGCUUCAGUUGUUGGGUUCUUAGCAUUCAGGCAAGCAAGUGCAUUUUGAACAGAUUGGAAUCAAAUGAACAGAUUAUUGGACCACCUAACAAAACAGGCAUCCCAGUAAUCAAUCUCUGAAAUAAUAAAAGCAUGAAUUAAAUGUUUUUUGAUCAAUAUUAUUCACACAACUCAUAUCCUUAAUGAUAAUGCUUAACUGAAAGAAAGACCUUUCUUCAAGGUUCAUUUGCAAUCCACAGAAAACUCUAAAUUUGUUUUGACAUCCCAGUGCUUCUGGAAAAUACGAAUCCUGUAUUUCAUUUUGUGGAAUUAGAGCAGACUGCAUGAUAACAUGCUCUUACAUAGCACAGGCCACCUCUGCCUUUUCAUUCUAAGUUUUAAUAGCAGACGUAGUGGGACUGGCAGAGGGGAAGGAGCCUUUGGAGUGAGGGGAGAAGAGCUGUGUGUAUAAUUCUUUUCCAUUAAUUGUGCUUGAGCCUUUUUUAAAGGUGUGCCUCUUACACAGAGAUUCAAACAAUGUAGGCGACUAUUUGUCUGAAGCUGAUCCUCCCUAUUAAUUCAGAGAACAGAGUUAUAGUUACAGCUUCAUUAACUAAAUGGGGUUCUAGAGUUUUUCCUCUUCUAAAAGGACAAUGUAGGAUGUGCUUUGAAUGCUUAAAAAAAACAACUAAAUUCUAAAAUUCAGUGGUGGAACAAAUAAAAAUUUCUAAUAAGUCACAUUUGGAGCACUGCAGAAGGAAAGGUCUGUUGACAUGGUCUUCCUGAGAUAACUAGUGUCAAGGCAGAUCCAUCAGCAGCCUGAGCUAUCUGUGCAGUGGAGUGGCAUCUUGAACUACAAAGACAGACAACUCGUCUCCACCACGUAUUGCUGCCAGCAAAUUUAGCAAGCUUGCAACAUGAGUCCUGUGGCGUUCAGCUCAUUCUAGGCAGUUCUUCCAGAGACCUGAACAAUGCCGUAAUCAUUUACCUGUGUUAUUUUGCCUUUAGAACUGACUGAUGCUCCACAGGGGUUUCUGAUGGCGGUUCAGAAAUUGGAGAGUAGAUGGCUGGAGAACCAUUUUGCCAGAUCCAUACAGCAGUCGAGAGUUGGUCCUAAGUUUGAAUAAAACAGAGGCUACAUUAUCCUGCCCCUGAUCAACCACAAUUGAUAGCAUAAAACUAAGAUCUUUCAUUUUUUUGGUCAUUUUUGAGGCAUAACAAACACGGCAUUCCCCAGCUAAUAGUAUUAGCCAACUAAUUUCUUUCAAGUGUGAGAAGGGGUUAUAGAAUCUUUGUUCUUUGAGAUGUUGCUCAGUUGGAGGGACUGGCUUUAGUUACCCUGUAUCCCUUUAAGUUACUCAUUUGCAUGUUUCCAUUCAUUGAUUGACUCCUACUGUGUGUCAAGCAUUAUUCUAGGCACAAUCUUUAGAGCAGUGAGCAAGACAUAUGAUGAUGGUAAAGUUUAAACCCAAGAAAGCCUCUUCAAAGGCACUUUUUUGACCCAAGAGCUCAAUAUCAUCACUUCAUAAUGUCCAUUGCUUUUGUGGAAAAGGAAAUUUUUCUUUGUCUCAGUCAUGUACCGUAGAGGGAACAGGAGCUUUUGGGUCCUUUGUUUGUAAAAUUUCCGAGAUGCUUCUUCCACUGGAGGUUACACAAGGACAUUUAGGACAUGACACAAGCUAGGUUUCAACCUUGUCACUCAUUCUUAAACAUGAACAAUACUUGAAAGAGUUGAAAGUAGGGUAGCCUCCUGAAGAGGAACAACUCUUCAGAUAAGUUUUUCUAAAUGCCGAGUUAUCUACUUUUGGUCCAACUGAAUAUUAUGAUUCCUGAGUUUUUGCAUACUUUAGAAAGGCUUGAUUUCCUGCUAAAGUGUUUGCCAAAAGAUGAAAAGUCCCACAGGAAAAAACACCCAAUCAAGGGCCUGGCAUCUUGUAGGUGCUUAAUAAGUAUUUAUAGUCCAGAAUCGGAGGCCAACCAGAACCUUAUCAGAAACCAAAGGUUGAGUUAAAAACAAAACUGGCUUUCUUCCCCCUAAGUGAAUCCCUAGAAUGAUUCAUUUCCGUUUCUGUAAAGUAUGAGUACUAAUCCUUAAUUCAUGGGGCUUUAGGGGGUCUAAAUAAGAUAACACUGGACAGUUCUUCAUAAACAGUUAAGUUCUGUUCAACUAGAAAAUUUAUUAUGGGGAAAAAAACCAAGCCUGAGACCUCGAUAAAUUCUUAUGUGUUGUGAUCUUGUUGAAUGGCGGCGACUUUUUUUUUUUUUUAAAUACGUACUGUUUUGAACCUCUCAAAUGAAAAUUUUGAAAAUCUUUUUGUUAAAAGUUCUUUCCCUGUGGGUAAUUUUAUACCUGUAAAAAGCAAAGGAAGCCCUCAUCUUGAAUAAAGUUAAUGCUAGAUUUUGUGUAUUGAAAAAUCACAGAAGAUUGGUUUCUGAUAUUUAGAUAUCUUCACCCAUGCUGCUGUUUGGAACAUGGGGCCCAGGAGUGUAUUCAAAACAACUUGACUCACUCAUCAGGUUGUCAGCCCAGUCUCUAAGCCAUUUGGCCCCUUACUGCAUUUUGGUGAUUUUUAUUAAGUUGAACUGUACAAAUUUGCUGAUAUUCAACCACUUUUGACCUACAAAAAUGGCAAUUUCAUAUGUUCAAUCUAAUAUAAUUAUAUUUUUGUUAUUGAAUGAGCGUUCAUUUAUCUGCUCAGUCUGACAUAGACAUCUGGAGGGCCGGGAUUGUGUCUGAUGUGUAAAUUGAAGCCCGGAAGUCAGAGCUCAGACAUUUUAAAAUAUGAAAUGUACACGUAAAAUGUCUGUUCAUGUGAGCUGCAGACACUAUUACUGACACCCUUCGUGGAGACAAUGCAAUGGAAGUCAUAGGUGCUUAAGAGUUUGAGGACACCCUAAGGGUGUACUCCUCACUCUCAGGGAGUGUUCAGCUCAAACUAGGUGCAACCCCAGGAAUUCUGGUACCCUGAGUGUGCUGCAUCCCCCCCAGUCCCCUCCUUAUCCCUUAGUGGCACUUCCUUCCCUCAUUACCUCACUUCCCUCUGCUAAUGUCACCAUUGUGCAUUUACUGCUGCUUUUGCUUGCAGCUUACCCAAUUGGAAGGGUUUAGGAUAUCCUACUGCACUGCUUUUCAAGACUUUUUUUAUUGUAUCCCAUAGUGAGGUAACCCGUAGUAGGAAUACAUUUUACAUCACGACCCUAUGUACUCUACUGUAUUACAUAUAUAGAUAUAUCCGUAUCUAUAUAUUCUGCUUACCUUGCCAGGCCACUUCCCACUUUUGAGAAGCUGUCCAUCAUGUCGUUUUUGAAAUGAGGAUCCAAUUAAACUUGUGGAGGCUUUCAUGCUUCGUCGGAGAGGGAAGAAAAAUGCCAGCUCAAUCUUUAAGCUUUUUAUCCCUCUUAAGCAGCUGUUGUUUGUAUCGGUUUAUGUUAGGAUUUGUUUUCCUAUUCCUGUUUCUGAGAGGCCACAGCCUUGCAGACCAUCCCCAAGAUGGGGCUAUGGCUUCAGGAACAAAGUUCUGAAACCCAUAUAAUUAAUUCUAGGCUGUAAUGGCUCAUUUCAGUUGCCGUGGAAUCGUUUAGAAUGACCAUGAAUGUCACCAGCAAUCUGCCACUUUACGCAUGGAUGUAGCCGGAAAUAUCGACAGUACAUGGCAGGACUUCUGGCUCCUCCUUAUGGUGUUAUGGAAACGGGCUCUAACAAUGACAGGAUUCCUGACAAGGAGAAUACACCUCUCAUUGAACCUCACGUUCCUCUUCGUCCUGCUAACACCAUUACCAAGGUCCCUUCAGAGAAGAUCCUCAGGGCUGGAAAAAUUUUACGAAACGCCAUUCUCUCUCGAGCACCUCACAUGAUUAGAGAUAGGAAAUACCACCUAAAGACGUACAGACAAUGCUGUGUGGGAACUGAGCUGGUGGACUGGAUGCUGCAGCAGACUCCGUGUGCCCACUCCCGGACUCAAGCUGUUGGGAUGUGGCAAGUGCUGGUGGAAGAUGGUGUUCUCAACCAUGUGGACCAGGAGCAUCAUUUCCAAGACAAAUAUUUAUUUUAUCGAUUUCUGGAUGACGAGCACGAGGAUGCCCCUUUGCCUACUGAGGAGGAGAAGAAGGAGUGUGAUGAGGAGCUCCAGGACACCAUGCUGCUGCUGUCACAGAUGGGCCCCGAUGCCCACAUGAGGAUGAUCCUCCGCAAACCACCUGGCCAGAGGACUGUGGAUGACCUAGAAAUUAUCUACGAAGAGCUCCUUCACAUUAAAGCCUUAUCCCACCUUUCCACCACUGUGAAACGGGAGUUGGCAGGUGUUCUCAUUUUUGAGUCGCACGCCAAAGGAGGAACCGUGUUGUUCAACCAGGGGGAAGAAGGUACCUCCUGGUACAUUAUUCUAAAAGGAUCGGUGAAUGUAGUCAUUUAUGGCAAGGGUGUGGUCUGCACCCUGCAUGAGGGAGAUGACUUUGGCAAGCUAGCACUAGUGAACGACGCCCCGAGAGCUGCCUCCAUCGUCUUGCGAGAAGAUAAUUGCCAUUUCUUAAGAGUGGACAAGGAGGAUUUCAACCGAAUCCUGAGGGACGUUGAGGCGAAUACAGUCAGACUUAAAGAACAUGACCAAGAUGUCUUGGUGCUGGAGAAGGUCCCAGCAGGGAACAGGGCUUCUAAUCAAGGAAACUCACAGCCUCAGCAAAAGUAUACUGUGAUGUCAGGAACACCUGAAAAAAUUUUAGAGCAUUUUCUAGAAACAAUACGCCUUGAGCCAGCUUUAAAUGAAGCAACAGAUUCUGUUUUAAACGACUUUGUUAUGAUGCACUGUGUUUUUAUGCCAAAUAUCCAGCUUUGUCCAGCCCUGGUGGCCCAUUACCAUGCACAGCCCUCACAAGGUACAGAACAGGAGAAAAUGGAUUAUGCCCUCAACAAUAAGAGACGAGUCAUCCGGCUGGUUUUACAGUGGGCCGCCAUGUAUGGAGACGUCCUACAAGAGGAUGACGUAGCUAUGGCUUUCCUGGAGGAGUUUUAUGUGUCUGUGUCAGAUGAUGCCCGGAUGAUUGCUGCCCUCAAGGAGCAACUGCCCGAGCUGGAGAAGAUCGUCAAGCAAAUUUCAGAAGAUGCAAAAGCUCCACAAAAGAAGCACAAAGUUCUUUUGCAACAGUUCAACACAGGCGAUGAGAGAGCCCAGAAGCGCCAGCCUAUCCGUGGCUCUGAUGAAGUUCUGUUUAAGGUCUAUUGCAUGGACCACACCUACACAACCAUUCGGGUGCCGGUGGCCGCCUCAGUGAAGGAAGUCAUCAGCGCAGUUGCCGACAAACUGGGCUCCGGAGAAGGCCUGAUCAUAGUCAAGAUGAGUUCCGGAGGAGAAAAGGUGGUGCUCAAACCUAAUGAUGUUUCAGUAUUUACAACGCUCACCAUUAAUGGACGCCUGUUUGCUUGCCCGCGAGAGCAAUUCGACUCACUGACUCCCCUGCCAGAACAGGAAGGCCCAACUGUUGGAACAGUGGGAACUUUUGAACUGAUGAGCUCCAAAGAUUUAGCAUACCAGAUGACAAUUUAUGAUUGGGAACUCUUCAACUGUGUGCAUGAGCUGGAGCUAAUCUAUCACACAUUUGGAAGGCAUAAUUUUAAAAAGACCACAGCAAACUUGGAUUUGUUCCUGAGAAGAUUUAAUGAAAUUCAGUUUUGGGUUGUCACCGAGAUUUGCCUUUGUCCCCAGCCCAGCAAGCGUGUUCAGCUCUUAAAAAAAUUUAUUAAGAUCGCAGCCCACUGUAAGGAGUACAAAAAUCUGAAUUCCUUUUUUGCCAUCGUCAUGGGACUAAGUAAUGUUGCCGUGAGCCGUUUGGCACUAACGUGGGAGAAACUGCCAAGCAAGUUCAAGAAGUUCUAUGCGGAGUUUGAAAGCUUAAUGGAUCCUUCGAGAAACCACAGGGCCUACCGGCUGACCAUAGCUAAGCUGGACCCCCCUCUCAUCCCCUUCAUGCCUUUGCUCAUUAAAGAUAUGACAUUUACUCAUGAGGGGAACAAGACAUUCAUUGACAAUCUAGUAAACUUUGAAAAAAUGCGCAUGAUUGCAAAUACUGCCAGAACAGUGAGAUACUGCAGGAGCCAACCCUUCAAUCCUGAUGCCGCUCAAGCUAAUAAGAACCAUCAGGAUGUCCGGAGUUAUGUACGGCAAUUAAAUGUGAUUGACAACCAGAGAACUUUAUCACAGAUGUCACACAGAUUAGAGCCUCGUCGACCAUAGACAUUUAAAGUGCCCAGAACAAUGGUUUGCCUCCAGUCCACAAUCUUUCAAAAUGCCAUUUAUGCUACAACUGACUGUAUUGUCACUAGAGAAUUCUACAAAACAAGCAAAAACACAUCCUGAGACAUCUUGGAGCUACAUUCAGCUUACCAGCGUCAUGACAAGAGAAGAAAUUAUUUGACUUGCAUAAAGCUUGCACACUCUAGCUUAGGAAUCCCCAGUUUGUAGUCACCCUGUUUUAUUUCCAAUUGUGCCAUCUUCUUUGCUGAAACAUGAAAUAAGACCCACAUGAAGAGUUUGGUAGAAAUAUUGUCAAGAGAAAUAUUAAGCCCCUGUCAUUGUUUCUAAGAAUGUUUACAGGGUGAGAUGUGCUACAAAUGGGAUUUAUUUGCAUACAUCAGUGGUGGUAUAGUUUCAUCAUUUUUAACUCAACAUCUUGAUUUGGAGCAUGGGGUUUUGGGAAGGUGUUGAGGAAUCCAUGUAAAUCCAAAUUAUAGGCUGUGUUCUUCCAUCUUCAUAGUCUUAACGUGGGGAGGUUGAACCUGACCACAUUACUAUAAAACGUUAUGGCUAUUUAUGUAAUUUAGAGAGGACUGGUCUGUAACUUCUGAAUGAUAUAUAGAAUAAUAUUUAUGUUUACAACGUAACUUUUUUAAACUUACAAAUCAGGAUUACGUACAUAAGAAUUCCACUAAGAAACUCCAAGGUUCUUAAAAUUGCCAGCGUUAAGAUAAAAAACUAACAUUUCAAAAGAGCACAAUAUGCACAAAACAUUUUUCAAAAUUAAAAUAUUUUCCUGGGCAUUAAAGACCUUUACUAUUGGCCAAUUAUUGUUACUGAUUUAAAAAACACACACACACAUUUUUUCUGGACUUAAAUGUUACUACAAAUACCUUAAUUUUCAGCAAUUGUUUUGCACUUUCAAAAAGAUUGUAAAUAGUUCAUUCAAUCAAUGGUAUAGAGUUAUUUAUUUGCUACAUAAUAGAUAUUGUGCCAAAUACUUUUUAUUUAUUUUAUUUAGUAUGUAAUUUUGGAGUACAUUUUUUUCCUGUUUUCACAGUUAGGCUACAUUUAAUGUGUAGGAAUUGUAUGUAUGUAUAUCUUCUGUAAAUAAUAGCUAGUACCUUCAUUAAAUAUAAUUGUUCACAA